AUCAUCAGAUCAAAAAUAAUCAACAUUUGUAUAUUGUCCUCCGGGCCUAGUGGCUAGCCCAGUGGUUGCGCCGUACUCAGCACUGCCCCUGUCCACAAGUUAACCCGUUUCCUCGGGAGCCCAGCUGACCACAGAAAUAGAAAGCGGAUACUUUGCUUCAACUUGGCCGCUUUUGUCAGACUCAGCGGCCACAAAAUCCCGCCGCCCGGCGAGCGCCUGCCGCGUGCGCCACCACGCGUCACUCCACCUGUCCCCGCUCCCCCGUCGACAUCCGGCCUACAUAGACACGGAGCAACACACCUCGGCUCGACACAUCUCCCUCCCAGUCGCAGUCCAUCCACUCCCCGUCCGUUCCCCAACCAGCAACAAGCAAGCAUCUUCUCUCCUUCCGUCGCGACGAUGAGCGGCGGCGGCAUCGAAUCGUCCUUCUCGGGGAGCUAUGGCGUGGGCGCGGCGGGGGUGGCGCCGUUCGUGGCCAAGACGUACGGGAUGGUGGACGACCGGGCCACCGACGGCGUCGUCGCGUGGGGGCCCGCCGGCAACAGCUUCGUCGUCGCCGACCCCUUCGCCUUCUCGGAGAUGCUGCUGCCCGCGCACUUCAAGCACGCCAACUUCUCCAGCUUCGUCCGGCAGCUCAACACCUACGGCUUCCGCAAGGUGGACCCGGACCGCUGGGAGUUCGCGCACGCCUCCUUCCUCCGCGGCCAGACCCACCUCCUGCGCCACAUCGUCCGGCGCCAGAGCGGCGGCAAGCGCGGCGGCAAGGAGGUCGGCGACGAGGAGGAGGAUGAGGAGAGCAGCAGCGCGGUUCUGGCGAUGGAGGUGGUCCGGCUGAGGAACGAACAGAGGGCCACCGAGGAGCGCGUGGCGGAGAUGUGGCGCCGGGUGCAGGACGCCGAGCGCCGGCCCAAGCUGAUGCUCGCCUUCCUCCUCAAGGUCGUCGGCGACCCCGACAUGCUGCGCCGCCUCGCCGGCAGCUCAGCCUCAGUUAGCGGCCUGGAUGAGGGCGCGGAGGAGGUCAAGAGGCCGCGGCUGCUCCUCGACGGGGACGGCGCGGGGGUGGACGGGCUGUUGUACCACCACGGCGGCAACCUGAACAUGGAGGAGGCCCUGGUGCCGGAGCCGAGCGUGGACAUGUACUACGCCGGAGGCGACGGGUUCGGCGACGUGCAGGCGGACGGCGGGCCGCCGUACGCUUUCCACAUGGACAGCGGCUACUGAGGGCCGUGGGUUCGGCCUUGGGCGGCUGGUGUGCGUGCUUCCGCCGUCGAACACCCGCCCGAAUUGCUCUGCUCUGUGUGUAUGUAGAGAAAGGAGGCUAGAUAGGGGUAGGCUCUGACUUGUGGCUGUACUGUAGAGGAGAUGGAAUCUCAACCUGUGAGACGUAUAGUAUUUUUUUCUUUUACUGUGUUUUAGCCCAGCAACUUUUUCUUUUUUUGCUUGCUUGAUGAAGAUGAAGUCCACAUGAUCCGUA